ACAAUCAGCCAAUUUCACAAAAACCAUAUGAACUUCAAAGAAUUUCAAGUAAAUUUGAAGCUGCUAUUUGGUUAGCAAAACAUCCAUAUGAUAUAUGGUAUAAGAUACUUUCUCAAUUUCUUGAAGCAACAAAACAGCCUGCUCUUCAUUAUAAUAAAAGAAUAUGGAAUGCCUUGGGUGAUUUUGUUCAAGAAGCUAUUAAGAAAAUUAUUAUUUUAAAAAUAGAAAAAACUGAUAUGAAAGUAGCACUUUAUAGUUGUGAUGCAAUUAUUGUCAACUUGCCAAUUUUAACUAUACUUGGUGUUGUCACUUGUUUGCCAGUUCAAGAUUUAUUAAAUUAUCAAAUACUUAUUGAUAGCGAUAGUUACUAUUAUUACAUUAUUGCAGCUAACAAAUUUAAAUAA